AUGAGCAAUCACUAUUCCUUGAAGGCCGGAAAGCCGUUGUCUUGGAGCCGGGAUUGGGACGGUCUCCAAGUCGUGCAUGAUCAGAACGCGGAUGGUCUCCAGGCCGUGGGCGAUCAAACGGCGGAUGGUCUUCAGGCGCUGUAUAGGAAUUCGAAUCAGGGUUAUCCCGGCUAUAAUUCGCCGUCACAGAUUGGUACGAAUGGAGAGAAGGGAGGGACGAGAAGAAUAUGCGGCUUAAGGGCGACGAGCUUUUGGCUUGUAUGUGUUAUUGUGAUCCUUAUUGUCGGUGGUGGAGUUGGUGGUGGGAUAGGAGGGUGGUUGGCGAGUCGGAAAUUAGAUUACUCAAUAAGCAGCCAAACACCACCCAACACAGCUACUCCAACACCGACGAGCACAAAAACCAUCUCAACAACAACAUCGACGACAUCAGUCUCCACCCCUGCCAGCACAUCGACCUCUAUAUCAACAGAUAUCUGCCCCAGCGCCAACGGCACAACUCUCACCGAAACCCUCGGCUCAUUAAAAUACCGUAUAAUAUGCGACUCCGAUUUCAGCGGCAGCGGAAAGAUCACGCUAUCUUCAAUUGUGCUAGCAACAUUUGAUCAAUGUCUAAGUUUCUGUAAUACGAUGAACUAUUUCCAGAGCCGGACGGAUGUUGGUUGCACUUAUAACGUUCAAGGUACGGGCUCGCAGACACCGGGGACGUGCUGGUGUUUGGGAGGGGAGAAUAAGACUAUCGUGUCGGAUGUGGGGAAUGUUAUUGCUGUGCCUAUGUGA